CGAGCUGUGAUACGCCCCAUGUCCUUUUGCUGCCAUGUUUGUGUUCAAGUUCUCUGUGAGCCUUCUGGUCAUGGUGCUGGUGUCCUCUGCCUGGGCUGAGGAGCUGACUGAGUCUAAAGAUAAUCUAAUGGAGGAAGACCCUGCUGCUGAGCUUUCUGUUGGUGAGCUGCUGACGAGGGCAAACAAGAACCUCACCCCUGAGGCUGAUGAGCCUACUCUGAUUGGUGACAUUGCCAUUCCCUCUGAGAAAAAUGCUGACCCUUGCACAGCAACUGGAUGUUUGUGGCAAAAGUACAGUGAUGGAAGAAUCUGGGUGCCCUAUGUCAUUGCCAACCACUUCUCAUCUCGUGAGUUAGCCAUCAUCCAGCGUGGUCUAGACUCCUUUGCUGAAACCACCUGCAUCCGCUUCUUCCAGCGACAGAACGAGAGGGACUACCUCAGCAUUGAGUCACGCAGUGGGUGUUACUCGUUUGUUGGCCGUCGGGGAAAUGCCCAGACUGUGUCUCUGAGCCGUCAGGGCUGCCUGUAUCACAACACUGUCCAGCACGAGCUCCUCCAUGCUCUGGGCUUUAACCAUGAGCAGACCCGCAGCGACCGUGACAACCACAUCCGUAUUCUCUGGGAGAACAUCCAAGAUGAGUAUAAGUACGCAUUCAACAAGAUUGCCACUCUGAACCAGGGAACUCCCUAUGACUACAACUCUGUCAUGCAGUACCACAGGUAUGCCUUCUCUAAGAACAGCAAACCUACCAUGGAGCCCAUCCCCAACAGCAACGUGUCUUUCGGCGAGGGCAAACAGAUGAGCAGAAACGACAUUGACAGACUGAACAGGCUGUAUGGCUGCUAAUCAGUGGUAUACCUGUGGUCUCACUUCCAAUGGACUUAGGAGAAUUCUGCUGAAGGAGUAGAGUGACCUCUAGUGGUGGAACUAUCAGAACAUGUUUGUCUCAACAUCAAGGCUAUGUCAAAUGUAGCAAUCAUAAUAAAACCAGAUCGACUGAAACCAUAA